AUGGCGAGUUUGACUUGUAGCCCCGUCGUGGCCUCGCCCCUGAACGCCGUCGACACCACCCCAACCCUCGAGCUCGUGCCGGGCAGCGAACAAGUCGCCAACUUCACGAAGCGAGCCAUUUCCGGUCCACCCACCCUUGACUACAUCCCCACUUCGAUCCUGACCAGGGGUGUCUCCCAUAUCGUCCUUCCCUCCAUUACCAUUCCUUCGGGUCGCGGACUGUACAAGUGGGGCGACACAAUAAAUCUCAGGUGGAAACCGACCAAAUAUCCCAAAUACACCAAUCUUUGGUUCGAAGUCUCCAUGAAUACGGGGGCAGGAGUUACCGGUGAGCUCCUUAAGAUGCCCCCGAGAAACGGUCGAGAGGUCGACCCUGACUAA